UUGCAGCUCUUCUGAUGUCUGUGGUGGAGUAUCCAUUGGCCUGUAGAGCCCGGUUUAGGUGGAACCACCCCACUUUUAACCUGUUCUCUCCCAAAUUAAAGACCCACAUCUCUUGGUGCCAUAGCACAUGGAUUUCAGGACUGCAUGUGAAGAGACAAAGACAGGGAUUUGUUUGCUGCAGGAUGGUAACCAGGAGCCUUUCAAAGUACGGCUGCACUUAGCCAAAGACAUUUUGACAAUUCAAGAACAAGACGUGAUCUGUGUGUCUGGUGAACCUUUUUAUUCUGGUGAAAGAACUGUAACCAUUAGAAGACAGACGGUAGGAGGAUUUGGAUUAAGUAUAAAGGUAGUAUGUGUUUUCCCACUGUUUCUUAUGUUGUGUCAAAAAAUAUUUUAUUUUUUAGAGAAUGUGGUUGAGAUCAAAAGGUGCUUGACUGAAUGUUUACCUGCACUUUCAAGGAGUCCUGAAAGGUUUCAUUAAGGGUUUGUGCACUUUUACAAUAGGUAAUAAACUUAGACUUCCUCUCCUCCCCCCAUUAAUGAGAGAACAAUCAGA